AGCAAAAGGUCCAAUACACGUUCUCAGGCGAUUAAGAGAUUAUCCUCGGUUGUUCUCGCGAUCCAGUGUGUUGCGUGCAUAUCGUAUUGUUCCAAGAAGGAAGAAAUAAUAUUUAAUUUCGAUCUUAAUACUACACCAGUGUGUGACAAGGCUUCGACCCUGGGUUCUUGUGUUUUUCUCGAGUGGGGACCUGGAGAACGCACUAUUCCCUCUUUAGUGAGAGCCAGGUUCGUGGCACAUACGAGAGGAACUUCGUGGGAUCGACAUCGCUGCAGGCCAUUGCCAUGGACAGAAAAAUUCUGCUUGUCUUGUGCUUCCUGGUAACUGUUGGUGUCAUCGAGGCUCAACUGUCACACAAAGGAGGCAAUUGCCCUCUGAGGAAUACAGUCUCCAAAUGCACCCCCAGCUGUGUAACCGACUACCAAUGCUCCUUCAAUGAAAAGUGCUGUCCCAACAAGUGUGGCUCCACGUCUUGCACCAGCUCCAGUGCUGUCAACACCGGCAGCGAUGGCGGCUACAAGAGCUCCAAUCGAGAUACCGGGGUCUACUGCGGAGGCGUCAAGUGCAGCUCCUACGAGAAGUGCGAGAUGGAUCGGACGACCAAACGCGAGAGAUGUGUUCGCACUUAAUUUCGAUGUUUUUUUCAUGUGUAGUUUGUUGCUUUACUCGUCGUAAAUUGUGAUUAUGUUAUUUACUCAAGAACGACGAGAUGUUUUACAAUUUAUGAGUUAUAAAAUUGAGGUAGUGCAUGUGCAGGAAAAUAUGAGAUGAUAAUUACGGAUUUUCCUGGAAAACUGGACGGAAAAAUCACAGUUUUAUAAAUUAUCAGAGAACUUGUUUCAGAGGAUUUUCUCUUGUUGAAUAUGUCUCUUCAGGUUUCGGAUUGAUUGUUUAUAAAAACAAAAUUGGAUUUAUGUAUUUUAUUAUAUGAUGGAAAGAAAAUAUUGUUCACUAAAAUAAAAAUGGAAAAAACUUGAUUAAUUUUA